AUGACCCUGGGAAGGGGUCACAGCUUUGGAGAGGCAAAACUCCCAACAGGGAGUGGAAUGCAGACCAUAGCAUUCAUUCCUAUAUUUGUCCGUAUUUGUGACAUCACCUACCCCUUCUACUUGAUAGAAGUUCAGUACCUGUUCAAGAAAAUUACUUCAGCUUCAAAUCCAGACACAGAAAUGAAACCUCAACUGCCUCCAUGUGUGAAUCCAGGCAAUCCUGUGUUUUCAUGUAUGAUUGAUCCCAAAACACUCCGUACAGCUACCUCACUAUCAAAACCUCAGAUGAUUAUGUAUAAAACCAAUUCAAGUGAUUAUGGUGAAUUUUUACCUAUACCACAGUUUCUUCCCUGCAGUUAUACUCCAAAGGAGCAAGUGUUUUCAAGCCAUAUUAGAGCAACUGGAUUUUAUCAAAAUAACACUUUAAACACUUCACGUGACAGAACCAAAACCCUUGAUUUUCCUAAUUUUCAACACACUCUAUGA